AUGAAAUUUGGUAAAACGCUUUCUGCCCAUUUAACACCUGAAUGGCGCCAGCAAUAUAUAUGUUACCAGGUAAGAUCGCAUUUAAUCAUCAUUAAUAAUGCACUUUCCGGUUUUCGUUUGUCGCUUAAGGAUCUUAAAGAUAUUAUUUUACGCGCCGCUGAACUGAGAUCGACAAAGCCUGCGCAAUUCAUUUCAAAAACAGACCCGUUCUUUCUAAAUUUCGAAAUCGAUUUCCUUUUCGAAUGCGAGAAGGAAUUGAGAAAAAUCAAUACAUUCUUUGCGGAAAAAUUAGCCGAAGCUACGCGCCGCUACGAGCAACUGGUAACAUUAUUAGAUGCUGUUUAUGGUAAUUCCCGCUUGGGCGGUAUUUCGUCUUCCCGCUUAGGCCUGAUGCGAACUCGUGUGAUUGCUGAUAUGAAAGAAAGAGGCAAUAAAACGAAAUUGAGUAAAUUGAGAAUGGCGUUUAGUGAAUUGUAUUUGCAUUUAGUGCUAUUGCAAAAUUAUCAACAUCUAAAUUAUACGGGUUUCCGGAAAAUACUUAAGAAGUACGAUAAGGUCGAUAGUCUGACUUGUUAA